AUGCACACGCCUCCAUCCACGAUGCCGCCCUCCCGCGCCUCCCAAUCCACAACCCGCUCAACGCUCACAAAGACCAAGAUCCUCAUCAACGCCUACGACCUCCUCCCGCCCGGCCGCCUCUCCACCAUCGUCUGGACCCUCGGCGUUGGCCUCCUCCACUCCGGCGUCGUCAUCAACGACCGCGAAUACGCCUUCGGCGGCCACGACCGCCGCGGCCUGACCGGCGUCUACUGGACAAAGCCGCGCACCGUCCCGCCCGGUGGCACCUUCCGCACAGAGAUCCUCCACGGGUUUACGUAUGCGAACGAGGACGAGAUCGCCGAGAUCAUCCGCGAGGCGUCAAACGAGUUCCUGGGACCGAGCUACAACCUCCUCACGCGCAACUGCAACCACUUCACGUCGCACCUGUGCAUGGCGCUGACCGGCCAGCCCGCCCCCGCAUACCUGAACCGCGCGGCGUCGAUUGGUGUUGCGCUGCCGUGCGUGGUGCCGGCGGGCUGGGUGGAGCCGCCGGAGUGCGAUCUCGACGACGAGGACGAGCAGGCGCGGCUCACGAGCAACGCCGGGGGCAACAGGAGGCAUAGCAUUGGCGAUGAGAACGCCUGGGGUGACGAGAGCAGCGACGAGGAGGGCGAGGAGGAGAGGCGCAAAGGUGUUGUGAGGGAUACAGGCGGGCGGCAGUUGCCUGCGGCGGAGAGGGCGAGGGUGGAUAGGACUGUGCGUUAG